AUGCGUGGAAUUUCAACACUCGACCCACCAAUCGUACACACAACUUCAGGAUCGGUGGCCGGACGACGCUUGCAUCUCGAGCACGGAGACGUCGAUGCCUUCCUCGGAAUACCAUAUGCGACGCCACCGAUCGGACGACUGAGAUUCCGGAAACCGCUGCCCGUGAAACCCUGGAAAGGCGUGUUAAAUUCCACAAAAAAGACAAUGGCGUGCUGGCAGACGGACUUCACUCCGCUUCGAAACGUGAGCCUAGUUUACCCAGUAGCAACAGAAGACUGCCUUCACAUCAACGUGUGGAGGCCAUCCGAUGUCUGCGACGAAGCAGUUAGCUGCCGCGGAAAAAACCUUUCCGUGGUCGUAUUCAUACACGGCGGUGCCUUUCAGUGGGGCGACGCUGGGCUUUUCAUUUACGACCCGGCUAAUUUCGUCGCGCUUUCAAAUGUCAUUUAUGUCACGUUCAAUCACCGACUGGGCAUCAUGGGCUUCUACCCGUCCUCGACCGACAGCUUACCGGGAAACGUCGGCUUCUACGAUCAGCUGUCAGCGUUGCGGUGGGUCAGGGAUAACAUCGCGAGCUUCGGAGGAAAUCCCGAUGCCGUCACUCUUGCGGGGCACAGUGCGGGAGCCAUAAGUGUGGGACUGCACUGCACAUCGGCCAUCAGCCGGGGCCUCUUCAAGAGGGCCAUCCUUCAAAGCGGCUCGCCGAUCACGUUAAUCAUCGGCGUGGCCUUCUCGGGUUCGGUACUGUUUCGGGAGCAUGCUGAAAAAUUGGGAUGUUACGACUCCGAAGCCGGAACUCGAAAAAAGAUACCCGAGAUCUUGCAGUGUUUACGUCGGCUUGAUGCGAAAAAAAUCUACAGCGCUAUCGGUUCUAAAUCUAUACAAAACCAACUAUUCGUACCAGAUUCGGGAGAUGACUUCCUUCCCACAAACUUUCUGUCUGCCGCGAACUGGAAAAAAAUGCACGUCGACGAAAUGCUUAUCGGCACAACGUCUGAGGAAGGGGCGCUAUUCUUCGACAUCAUUCGCAACGCGGCCCCGGACCUGGACUCUGCUCUGACUGAUGAUUAUAGAAAGGGUGUCAAGGUCGCCCUGUACCUCGUGUUUGAGAUUCCCCUAGACAAAACUAACGACAUUGUGGAGCAUUACUUUGGCCCUCCUGAAGUACAACAUGACCAAGAAAGUGUGAUAAGAAUACUCGGCACUCUGAUGGCGGAUGUUUUGUUCAAUUGCCCCGCGCAUAUCUUCGCGACAACAGCGUCGAAUGAAGGCGUCGCCACGUACGUCUACAAGUUCGCCCACCGGCCGUCGUACAGUUUGUGGCCCGAGCACUACGGCCCGACGCACGUGGAGGAACUGCCGUUCACGCUUGGUACUCUGCCGUUUUUCUCAGACGAGAGCCGCCUAAUGUCGCCGCCUUUGACAGAAGAAACGAAGGAGUUCGUCAAAUCCAUUCGAUUCACGCCCGAAGAACAGUCACUCAUGCUGCAAACUGUUGGUGCUUGGUCUUCAUUCGUCAAGAAAGGGUGA